AAGUGAAAAACUGACAUGCUUGGCCCACAUGUCAGGCUGACUUGGCAAAGAAUAAACACGUAGAGAGGUGACUAGGCUCUGGCAUUUCGUCGAGUACUUCGUGUGCACGCACAACACCUACUCCGUCGGUCCAGCUCUUCUCCGGCGAUGCUGCCCCUCCGUCUGCACCCCGAUGAGCUUCGCCCCUCCUCUGCGCGCGGCGAGCCGGUCCCCUCUCACCAGGCCGCCCCACUCACUAGCACGUCCACCGCGGAGAAGAGUCGACGUGUGUCGUCGGUGUCGGCUGUCGCGCGCCACCAGCACGCCGCCGGCGCCGGAGCCUGCAAAGAAGUCCGCUUAGCCGCGCCUUGGGGUUCCCGGUGCGCCGUCGCCACCAGCUUCCUCGCCUCUGGCUCCUGUGGCUCUUGUGCCGGCGCUC